GGUAGUACAUUUAUAUAAGGUAUUGUAGGUAUAAAGUUUAAACUGGCAUAUUGACAAGGCCGUAUACUGGCAAGGCGGGGUGGGGGUAUUACGUAAUUAAGCUCUUAUCUCAUUGAAAUAUUUCCAUUCUUUCAUUUACGAAGGGUUUCAACCCAUUCAGGUCAGCUACGUUACAAACGCGACUGUUACUACGGCCGCAACCUCAACCUUCCAGAUGGACCAGCGUAAGAUUUCAGUGCUUUUUGUCUGCUUAGGCAACAUAUGCAGGUCGACGAUGGCCGAAGGAGUCUUCCGAUCUAUCGUCAAGGAUCAAUCAUCGCCCUACUAUAAUCUAAUAGAUAGAGUAGACUCUUGCGGGACUGGCGGAUAUCAUACUGGCGACGAACCGGAUUCUAGAACCAUGUCAACUCUCGAAAGCCACGGCAUUACGAAUUAUACCCACGCGGCACGUAAGCUCCGCGACCGGGAUUUUGAAGAAUUUGAUUAUAUAUUCGCAAUGGACAACGCGAACCUGUCGGAUAUCACACGAUGGAGGCACCGAAGUAAAAAUCUCUCCGACUCCAAGGCAAAACUCAUGCUCUUUGGCGAGUUUUCCGGCACGGGCCGUAAGGAAGUAGUGCAGGAUCCCUACUACGUCGGUCGCGACGCUUUCGACAAGGCGUAUGAACAGUGCAAGAGAUUCUCGACCAACUUCCUAGAGCAAACAUUCCCCGAUGCCAGCAAGACGACAGCAUAGACUUCAAUGAUACCCAAGAAUUGAUUCCCAGUCCAUGUUACCAUGGAAGAAGUGAUAUAAAUCAUAGACAUAGAACGAAGUUUAUGAAUACAUGGUAGUAACGCUAUUUGCAAAGCUGCAACCUUUGAUAGGGUUACUUGAUACUUGAACCUCGGUAUUUAUGAAACAGGACCAAAAUGGGGGUUUAGCGAAUCGUUUGACAUCAAAGUCGCCAAUCCUGAUCCGAAGUUGCAUUGGCGUAAUAUCUUUUUGGGGGCUAAAAUGGAAUCUCCCCUCAGCCUCAGCUCAGCCCUCCGGGAAUGUAAGUUUAGGGUUAAUGCUCCGGUUAGGACAAAAACGAUUAAUGCUUUUACUGAUUAUUACUACCUAACCUAUAUCUCAAUUCUUAAAAUUGAAAAUGUACUCACAUAGGUACCGAGUAGUAAAAAAGGUUGAAGAGGUUAGGUACCUAGAUGGUAGCUUAGAAGGUAGGUACCUAAGGUAUAGG